AUGACCUUAGUGACGAGUAGGUGAACUUGACAUAAAAGAUAACGUCACUGCAUCUCAUCUGUGCAAUUUUUUGCAAUGUACAGCGGUAGAGUACCUUCUUAAUUUAAUAAAUACAUUAUUAAAAACUUAAAUUUUUUAAACUGAAAGUUGUUCGGCGGGCUUCGGAUUAUCUCGAUAUUGAGAAAGAUUUGUUAUAAGACUCGUAUAAUAAGAAAUACGAUCAUCUCUUUGAAGAAUGUUGCAAUUUGUGUUUGUUUUGUUCGCUUGUUUGGUAGGUGGAAUUCUGGCUGGUUACCCAGAUCAUUCUUCUGGAAAUGACAUAGGAACUGCCAACAACAAUGGAAAUUCUUACGGGUAUGGUUAUUCUGGCAGUUUUUCAGGUCCAGGUGCUGCUCCCGAAAAUUUCCAAUUUCCUCAGGAAUUAUCCAACUUGUUCAAGACUUUAAAUAAGUAUCAGGAAGAUAUAUUUAAAAAUGGUGGCGGCUCACAUUCAUAUGCAUAUGUAUCUACUAACCCAAAUGGUAAAAGUCGAGCAGAAGCAAUUUCUAGUAUUAGUUUUAAAAGAAAUAAGGGCUUCCAAGCGCAAGCAGCGUCAGUUCAAAAUAAUUUACAAAGCAGGGGCAGCUUUGCUGAUGCGGGAGACUCCUCUUAUGGGGGUGGAUACGGAGGGUCAUUUAGUACUGGAAAUGGAAAUGGUCAAUCAUUUGGGGGAUCCUUCUCAAGUGGGUUUCCAGGAGCUGGUGGUGGUCCUGGAUACCAAUUUAUACCAGGACCUUCUGUAACUGGGUCGUUUACUCCAGAUGCCAAUGGCGCCUCCGCUUUUGGAGUCAUUGGACCAGGAGGUAUUCAACAAGGAGCUUCUGUUUUUCCCGAAAAUGCUAAUGCUCCCAACGUAAAUGUAAGGUUCUCCUCAGAUCAACCAGAUGGAUUCAAAAGUGUCUAUACAUCAAGUUCCAGCUACACCACCAACGUGGAUGGGAAGCCUAAAACUGUCCAAAAGUCCUCUACGACUGUGAAUGACAAUGGAAAAGUCACAACGUACGAAGCUCACAAUCCAUAAGAAAAUAAUUUUAAUAAUUAUUAAUGAAAAAUUAAAAUUAUUUUCUUGUUUAUUCAAUAUUUUGUUCGUUUAUUUGAAUUAAUUUUUUAUCCAGUAUACCCAAUAAAAAAUAUCUACAUAUAUAGUUUCAGUAUUUAAAUUAUAAAUAGGCGAUAUUUUGUGUGUAUAAUAAAAGUAAUUUCUAAUAAA